GUUACACGUGCGAACAAGGCAGGGCAGUUGCCGUAGGCGCAGCGAAGGGAAGCAAUGCUGGAUCUCAUUAUUCUGAGCCUCCAUUUCUUCAUCUGCUUUCUCAUCGCUGUUGUGAUCUGGCGUGGACCCAAGGAUGUGGAUUUGCACAGCUCAAGCACAGGAACUGUUGAAAUGGACCCAGAUGGUCUUAUAUUAAUUGGCAAAGAAGAUGACAUAAAGAGGUCCCAAAGAAUAACAGCCAAAGUCAAUGGCAGAGAAGUUGUUGUUUUCUACCAUGAAGGGAAAUUUCAUGCUAUGGACUCUCGCUGCUACCAUGAAGGAGGCCCUUUACGUCUUGGAGAAAUAGAGGAUAUCAAUGGUCAAGCAUGUAUUAUUUGUCCUUGGCAUAAGUAUAAAAUUACUUUGGAAACAGGAGAAGGAUUAUAUGAAGGAAUAAACCCUUUGGAGCCCUCACCAACACCACAGUGGCAAUCAAAAGGAGUUAAACAAAGGAUUCAUAAAGUCACCAUAGACAAUGGAAAUGUUUAUGUGAGUCCUCCAGAUUUGUCUGUAAGCUUCGACUCUGAUUAUUUUGCUGAUAAAUACAAAAGCAGUGGUGAUUUAGCAAUGGAAAAACAAAGCGACUCACAAGCAGCAGAGUAGUUGUGGCCAGAAAGCAGAAUGCUGGUGAAAUUCACCAAUGAAGGACGAUUGUUGUGAAAUAAAAAUGUA